AGAGUGUUAGUGCUUGUCCAUUGUGAUGUUGAUGCCCUCUGUGCUUGUUCAAUCAUCGUCUCAUUGUUGAGAAGUGAGCAUGUGCUCUAUACCCUUGUUUGUGUGAAUGGUAUACAAGAACUUCGAGAUGCAUAUGCUCAGCAUGUUCAACAGGUACGAUAUGUCAUCUUCAUCAACUGUGGAGCUACAUUAGAUUUGGUGGAACUCUUGGAUCCACCAGAGAAUCAGGUUCUCUUUGUGGCUGAUAUGCAUAGACCCAUGGAUGUUUGCAACAUAUAUAGUGCAGGGCAGGUUUGCCUUCUCAUGCAGCCUGAAGAUGAUGAGGAAAUCCCAUCUUAUGGUGACAUCUUUCGGGAAGAAGAGGCAAGGCAUCAUGCAGAAGACUCUGAAGAAGAAGAGGAGGAGGAGGGAGCCGAAGAAGAAAAUGAAGGAGAUGAAGGAGAAAAUGGGAGACGUAGGAAAAGAAGACGGUUUGAUGAAGAAGCACUGAUGAAAAGACGAGAAAAACGAGAAUGGGAAAAUCAUAGACGACAGAUACUCUUUGAUUAUACCCAAUUCAGCUACUAUGGAUCUCCGACAUCUGUCCUGAUGUAUAACCUGGCAUGGAGAUUGUCAAAAGAUAAUAAUGAACUACUUUGGCUUGCCAUUGUUGGCCUAUCUGAUCUUUUCCUGAAUGGGCACAUGGACAAAAGACGAUACCUCCUGCAUGUGGGAGACCUCCAGAGUCAUGUUGCUCGUCUAAAUCAUACAAUCACGGAGGAUUCUCUUCAGAUGUCAGCAGACUCUAUGCACAUCUCCUUUGAGAAGGAACUUCAACUGGCACUCUUUCGUCAUUGGAGUCUUUGGGAGAGCCUGAGGCAUUCCCCAUACACUGCAUGCAAAUUUCGUCUUUGGAGUUUGAAAGGGGAGAAGCGUCUCCAUGAGUUCCUUGCUGAGCUUGGACUUCCUCUGGUCCAGUGCAAGCAAAAGUACUGUGCAAUGGAUGUAUCCUUACGGAAUGAACUCUUCUCUCUCUUGGAAAGCAAGAGUGAAAAAUAUGAACUUGAGGACUUGAUAUAUGGUUCAUUCUUACUUCAGCUGGGACUUCGAUACAAAUUCUCGGCUGCAGAUUUCGUCUUCAGCCUCGGAGCACUUCUUGAAUCACAUGAGUCGUAUCAAGACGUUACUGAAGGGAAUGGAGGAAGGGAAGCAGCAGCUGAGAGCCAGUUUGAGACAAGUGCAGAUUCUCCUAGACAUGACAAGCAUAGUUUCUCAUGGACCUUUCUUUAUCUAAGCCAUCCAACAGCCUUGGCUCGAUUUGCUUACUUCGUCUUGCUGGCAAAUGAAGCAUCAAGAAGGAACAAGCGCUCACGAACUUUACCUCUUGUCCUCUGUCUGCCCGUUACUGAAGGUGCCAUGCACAUCCCUGGUAUUGAUCAGUCUGUCACCUUUUCAAUCCUAAUUGGCAUUCCACCUUUUUUGUUUGGGAAAGCAUUCGAGCAGGCAGCUGAAAAGACUGAGUCCUUGAUCUACCAGGAUUGCUUUGACCCCUCAAUUGUUCAUUUGCGGACAGAGGACCGGACCAAGUUCUUGGAUGCUCUUGUUUCCCUCAUGACAUGAGUUCAUUAAUUUUAUACUGAAUGUUGAUGUUGCUGACUCCCACCAGAUUAAUCCAUAAUGGCCUCCAUUCCAGUGACUUUCUGAGGGCUUUUGACAUCACUUCAUUCAUGCAUCUGUGAUAUGGUACAUUAUCUUAAUUAUUCCCCUCUGGAAGUGGAGUCAAGACUUUGUACAUUAUCUUUUAACAUUUAUUGGGACUUUUCUUCAAGAUUGUGUCAUGAAAUAAAAAUACUUCCCUUUGGAAAGGUUCACUUGAGAAAAUAAAAAAAUGCCC